GGCCCCUUUAAGAGAGAAAGAGGGAGAAAUAGAAAGAGAGAGAGAGAGAUGUGAUAACAGUGACAGAAUUGUUCUAUGAUGACAACCGGAUUAAUGUUUGACGCUCUGUCAUAUUAAAGAAUAGCCACAUUACAAAUCCGUGUCGGACACAUCAGAGUCAGACUGAACCUCGUAGUCAACAUCUUUGCGUGUGGAUUCCAACUUGAAGAAGAAUUUUGGCGGUUAAUUACGUGUCACAGGCUCUGCUGGCCCUGGCAUCUCCCUCUGGACCUGGGGUGUGUCGGGGGCUAUGGUGAGGACAUGUGCCUCAGCGGGAGGACUGGAUGUCAUGGAGGAGAUGGAUUGGGGCUGCGGAGAGGAUUGGGUAAAGUGUUGGAGAGAGGAGGGCUGGGCACAAAGCUUGGGAAAGAGAGAAGACUGGAGAGAGGGAGGGCGAGAGAGAGAGGGCAGGGAUCCAGGACAUGGCUGGGGCAGGAGACAAGGCUUGGGAGAGACCUGGGUCGAAGCCUGGGAGGCUGGUCAUUCACCCUGCUGGUCCUGCUCCUCCUACUCUCCCCGGUGUUCCCCCAGUGCCCUGACAGCUGCCACUGUGUGUGGGAGAGCAGCAUGGUGCUGUGUACGGACGCUGGGCUCCGUGAGUUCCCCCAGGGCCUUCCUCCGGACACCGUCACCCUCCACCUGGAGAGGAACUACAUCCGCUCGCUCCCCGAGAGCGCCUUUAGGGAGCUGACCCACCUGAGGGAGCUUUACCUCUCCCACAACCGCAUCGACACCCUCUCCUCCGGGGCCCUGCGCCACCUGAGCUCAGAGCUCCGUCUCCUGGAUCUUUCACACAACCUGUUACGCCAGGCCAGCCGGGACGAGUUCAGUUCCACGCGGGCCAAGACGCGCCUCUACCACAACCCGUGGCACUGCGACUGUACCCUGCAGGAGCUGAUGGAGACGUUAAAUCUAGAGCCGGAGACGGUCAACGGGAUCGUGUGUGAGAGCUCUGUGAGGAGCGCCGGGGAGGUGAGUCGCUGGGAGGAUCCAGGGGGUGCAGGGGAGCACGCCGGUCAACCGCUGGUUAAAUUGCUCGACUCUGGGGUGAACUUCUGUAAUCUCCAGCGGAAGACCACGGAUGUGGCUAUGCUGGUGACCAUGUUCGUGUGGUUCUUCAUGGUCAUUGUUUAUGUGGUCUACUACGUGAGACAGAACCAGGCUGAGACCAGAAGACAUCUGGAGUAUCUGAAGAGUUUGCCCAGUCCGAGGAAAACAGUCACGGAGACAGACACGAUAAGCACUGGUCUCUGAACUGUUUAUUUAUUGCCCUUCUUUAAUCAGGUUAUUGAGAACACAGUCUCUUUUACAAAAACAACCAAGAGAAGGCCUACGAAAAGGCCGUAGGGACAAUUCAUGUCUCUGUAUUGGGAUCGAGCUUGUUAAUUGAAAAGGGACUAUCUAUAACAACUUUGACUUUAAUUAAAUGAUUACAGCAUUUUAUUUUUGUAACUACUUUUCCAUAAUUAUUUAUAUAUUUUUGCCCUAACUACAUUUAUACAAAAAAGAUGUUUUUUGUAUCCACUGGCUUAUGCACAGCAUUAACGCUGUCCAAAUGGAGAGAAAGACCAGAAGAAGAAAGAAACAGAGAAGACAAUAUUGAUCAGCACCUUUCAUCAUCAAUACUGGUGGCUUUCAUCUUCAAUACUGGUGGCUUUCAUCUUCAAUACUGGUGGCUUUUGUCUUCAAUACUGCUGGCUUUCAUCUUCAAUACUGGUGGCUUUAUACUGGUGGCUUUCAUCUUCAAUACUGGUGGCUUUCAUAUUCAAUACUGGUGGCUUUAUACUGGUGGCUUUUGUCUUCAAUACUGGUGGCUUUCAUAUUCAAUACUGGUGGCUUUAUACUGGUGGCUUUUGUCUUCAAUACUGCUGGCUUUCAUCUUCAAUACUGGUGGCUUUCAUCUUCAAUACUGGUGGCUUUUAUCUUCAAUACUGGUGGCUUUAUACUGGUGGCUUUCAUCAUCAAUACUGGUGGCUUUCAUCAUCAAUACUGGUGGCUUUCAUCUUCAAUACUGGUGGCUUUCAUCUUCAAUACUGGUGGCUUUCAGCUUCAAUACUGGUGGCUUUAUACUGGUGGCUUUCAUCAUCAAUACUGGUGGCUUUCAUCUUCAAUACUGGUGGCUUUCAUAUUCAAUACUGGUGGCUUUAUACUGGUGGCUUUCAUCAUCAAUACUGGUGGCUUUCAUCAUCAAUACUGGUGGCUUUCAUCUUCAAUACUGGUGGCUUUCAUCUUCAAUACAGGUGGCUUUAUACUGCUGGCUUUCAUCUUCAAUACUGGUGGCUUUAUACUGGUGGCUUUCAUCUUCAAUACUGGUGGCUUUCAUCAUCAAUACUGGUGGCUUUCAUCUUCAAUACUGGUGGCUUUCAUCUUCAAUACUGGUGGCUUUCAUCUUCAAUACUGGUGGCUUUAUACUGGUGGCUUUCAUCUUCAAUACUGGUGGCUUUAUACUGGUGGCUUUCAUCUUCAAUACUGGUGGCUUUAUACUGGUGGCUUUCAUCAUCAAUACUGGUGGCUUUAUACUGGUGGUUUUCAUCUUCAAUACUGGUGGCUUUAUACUGGUGGCUUUCAUCUUCAAUACUGGUGGCUUUAUACUGGUGGCUUUCAUCUUCAAUACUGGUGGCUUUAUACUGGUGGCUUUCAUCUUCAAUACUGGUGGCUUUAUACUGGUGGCUUUCAUCUUCAAUACUGGUGGCUUUAUACUGGUGGCUUUCAUCAUCAAUACUGGUAGCUUUAUACUGGUGGCUUUCAUCAUCAAUACUGGUGGCUUUCAUCAUCAAUACUGGUCUGUCUGUAAAUAGGGACUGUCUGUUUCUAUUCUGUAUAUCAGGUUCCAAAGGCAUGUGAUGUUGUUUAGUGUUCAGGAUGAUUACUUGUCUUACUUUUAUCUCUCUCCAGCCCUUGAUGAUCAUUGAAGGCUAUUUUAACCUCUCACUCUACAAGGUCACUGAGUCUGAACCAGCCAGUCAUCUACAUUCAUAUCCUAUGUUUUAUCACCCUACGAGCCAGGACACAGCCUGAGAUUCUCUGGCAGGCCACUGUUGACCAAUUCAAAGUCUAGGUUGAAAACUAAAGGAGAUGGGGCAUUUGCCCGAGACUUUGGAAUGGUCUGCCAGAGGACACCAGGCUUAUAGAUUCAGUGCCUCUUUUUAAAUCCCUUACCGAAGACACACUUUUGUAAAGAUGCUUAGUGAUUUUAUUUUAUGAUGUGAAGCAUGUUACUUGUAUCGAAAAGCGCUAUACAAAUAAAGUUACAAUUAUAUUAAACCCCACUAAUCCCUCAAUCCGCACUACAUCCGUUCCUUCCUGCUGUUCUAAUGUUACCCUGGCCCUAGGAAGCAGGUGCUGAAUCCGUUUUUUUUGUCAUCAAGUACGUAACAAGCAAUCAUUUCUAAAUUGGCCAAGUUAGGAGAGGCUAGUGUAUGACGGCAGGGUAUCAGCUGUCUCGGAAGCAUAGAAAUUAAAUGAAGACCUCAUUUAGAAUUGAUUUAAUAAUUCACUUUUAUCUUUGUUAAUAAUUAUCAGACGAAUGAAACAAACUUUUUUUUUUUUUAAAGAAAUGCUUUGUUUCUGUGGAUCCUAAUGUAUCUUCUUAGUGAUGUUUUAUUAAGGACUGGUUUUCUGUCUGUGUGGUUAAAGUUAUGGUCCUAUAUUUUCCUCCUGGACUUUCUUAUUGUUAGUGAAGUGAGUUUAAAGAGACAGUUGACUUGGAAAUAUUUCCAAUUGAGCCGAAAUAUGCAGCUAUUGCCGUGAAUGCAGUGUCCGCGAACACGCCAUGGAUUGAAACUAGGGACUCUAUUCAGUCAUGGAAGUUCAGCGUAGAAGUUCAGCGUAGACCGCAUUCACGGUAAACGUUGCACAUGCCAGCUCAAUGGGAAAGGAUCUUAAAAUGUAUAUCUCAGAAUCGGUAACGCAUUCACGGUAAACGUUGCACAUGCCAGCUCAAUGGGAAAGGAUCUUAAAAUGUAUAUCUCAGAAUCGGUAACGCAUUCACGGUAAACGUUGCACAUGCCAGCUCAAUGGGAAAGGAUCUUAAAAUGUAUAUCUCAGAAUCGGUAACGCAUUCACGGUAAACGUUGCACAUGCCAGCUCAAUGGGGAAAGGAUCUUAAAAUGUAUAUCUCAGAAUCUGUAACGCUUCAGCGAUCCAGACCGAAUAGCUUAAUGUUGUGAACUAAAUGAAAGCAUGCCGGUGAAUGUGCAAUACGUUGAAUGAAUUUACCUUUUUUUUCUGACGACAAUAUUGAUUGAGAAUGAGUCCUGUACCAUAUUGUUGCUAUAUCAAUCAGAAUACGAUAUUAUGUGUUUCAUGAAAAAAGAAAAACUGUUUGUACAGUAGCCUAUAUGUGGUACAUUUCUAUGGAGAUAUUCCUAUUCCUUUUGUCUCAGACAAACCCUAAGAGGUUUUGUAAUUGUGUGUGUAAUGUUGUGGCAUUUAGAGUUCCAUUCUAGCACAGGUUGUGGUAUAGCACUGUCAAUUUAAACGAUAGCACUGUCAAUUUAAACGAUAGCACUGUCAAUUUAAAUGAUAGCACUGUCAAUUUAAAUGAUAGCACUGUCAAUUUAAAUGAUAGCACUGUCAAUUUAAAUGAUAGCACUGUCAAUUUAAAAGAGAGCACUGUCAAUUUAAGAGAGCACUGUCAAUUGAAAUGAUAGCACUGUCAAUUGAAAUGAUAGCACUGUCAAAUGAAAUGAUAGCACAGUCCCUUUAAAUGAUAGCACUGUUAAUUUAAAUGAUAGCACUGUCAAUUUAAAAGAGAGCACUGUCAAUUUAAAAGAGAGCACUGUCAAUUUAAAAGAGAGCACUGUCAAUUUAAAAGAGAGCACUGUCAAUUUAAAAGAGAGCACUGUCAAUUUAAAAGAGAGCACUGUCAAUUUCAAAGAUAGCACUGUUAAUUUAAAUGAUAGCACCGCCCCUUUAAAUGAUAACCCAACUCCUUUAAAUGAUUGCACUGUCCUGUCAUUAACUGUAGUGUAAAUGUUUUAUGUCAUAGGCUACAAUGAAUACCACAACCUGGGUGACAAAACCGGUCUGUGGAGAUGCCAAUAACCCAGACAACAAGAACCGAGCAUGUCUCCUUCUGUGUCAUUUUUACAACGGGGUUUAUUUGUGAUGUAUUUUCGUCUUGCUGAUUUUGUUUUUUUUUCUCCUGUUGUUUUAAAUGUCAAUCAUUAUUCUAAACAAAGACGACGACAUCGUAGAUUCGGGAACCAAUAUAUCAAAUAAUAAAUGAACUUUAAAACCAAAUUACGGGGAAAAUAAAAUAUAUAUAUAUAUAAAAUAAACGUGUUGUUGAGAGAAAUGCUUCUACCUUUUAUUGCUACGGUGAAAGGUGAAAGGUGAAAGGUCAGGAAAGAAAAGGGAAAAAAGUGUAAAGACAGGAUGACAAUCAGUUCAUACAGUUACUAACAUUUGGAAAUGUUUCCCUUCUCUUAUCUAGCAUGCUUAAAAAACUAUCUGAAAAUAUUGAAAAAAAGGUUUUUACAUUUUACAAAAUAGUACAUGAUAUGAACUUCGCACCUCCUCACACAUACUCUCUCCGAUGAAGAAAACAACACAUAAAGUGGGGUACCACCCACUUGUGAUCCAUGGUCUCUCCUUGUGUGUUCUGACUACAUUCCACCCCUCGAUAUGCAUUUAGCUCAAACACACAGACCAACGGAAAGACCCAUACAGGACACAGGAUCUAGAUUUGGUACGGCUUCUAUCUCUGGGAAUAUAAUACCGUCAACAACAACAACAACAACAACAACAAAGUUCAAUCAUACUUUCAGGUUUCAGAAACAAAUAAUCUUCCCAGAUAUGUUUUACUUCUUCUCUGGAGCAUUAUGGGGGGUGAAUAACAACCCCAAAAAACACCCACACCACCACAGCACCCAACCCCACACACACUCUUCUCUGGAGCAUUAUGGGGGGUGAAUAACAACCCCAAAAAACACCCACACCACCACAGCACCCAACCCCACACACACUCUUCUCUGGAGCAUUAUGGGGGGUGAAUAACAACCCCAAAAAACACCCACACCACCACAGCACCCAACCCCACACACACUCUUCUCUGGAGCAUUAUGGGGGGUGAAUAACAACCC